CGACCACAAACUCUUCAGCAGCUGGAAACCUAUAUCAGGCAAGAAUGGGACCAAAUUCCAACACCAAAACUCCAGAAACUCUUAACCUCGAUGUCCAGACAUCUUUAAACUGUUUUGAAAAGAAGAGAAGAUGAUACACUAUGGUAAACAUGCCCCCGUCCCAACUAUUUUGAGACCUGUAGCAGGCAUACAAAGAAGACAAACACACACCAUACUAUAAGUGACUUAAAUCUAAAAUAAAGAUGUGACAUAAGAAAACAAACAAAGUCCAUGAAACCAAAACUGUGAAAGAUAUAUGUAAAGACAUCUUGUGUGACAGAAACUACUUUGUUUCACUUCCUCAAGCACAGCAGGUAAAAGUUUCACUUAAAGAUGAUUUUUUUUUCUUUUGAAUUCAAAUGUUUUACCAUUAAAGAUAUUAAUAGUGCUUCUGAGAUAUGUUUCAAAUAAUGUACAUUCAUGCAAGACGGCAGUCAUAUAAGUUUCGCAAUCAAGUAGCACAGAAUGUCUGGCUAAUGUGUAAAGACAGAUUUGUUGACUCUACUAAAGCUUAUACAAGAUAAUGACAUUCUGAAAUUCAUGUUAACUUUUUCAGUUCAACUUCAUAGUCUUUGUUAGGUUGUUAAUAUCAUUUGUAAUUUAUAAUAAUAAUAAAAAAAAAAACUGUUUGUACUGUUUGUUUGUACUUUCUUACAACCGUUGAUCUGUAAUUUGUUAUUAAAAGAGAGAGAAUUCAAAGCCAGAAUAUUUAAAUCAUUACUAUUUAAUGGAUUUGUUACAAGGCUUGAUCAGUUUCCUACAACUAAAAUAUGAACAAAAAGUUACUCUGAAAUGCUGUGAGACAUUUUGACCACAGUGGUUUUGAAUCUCGACAGCAGAAGUGUAAAAGCAGAAGCUUUAUCAAAAGUUAUCAAAAAAGUUGCCUUUUUAUCAUCUUAACAGGAUAUCACAUGUUCAUGGCCACACUUGCAGAAGCAGAACACUUCAGAGCAGUGCAGUUCACUUAAAGAAACAUUAUAACUUUUUCAUAAUUACUGCAGCUUCAGCUCCGGACACCAGAGAAUGUUUCAUAGCAAGGCUUGAAACUGUGACCAUUUUGGUUGUGUAUGCUCGCGAAAUUUAAUCUGUGCAACCUCGAAAUAUAUUUGGGAGCAUUUGUGUGAGUGCAAAUUGUUGAGGUGCACUGCAACCUGUUUUUAUUUCUCUACAAAAUAUUUGCUAAUUACUGCACAGUAUGUGUCUGCUGUGAGCUGAUACAGUGACUGGUCCACCAUUCUAUCCAAAUGUUACAUAACCAAUUAAAAUUCAUUUUUACAUUCUUAACUUUAAUGCAGAUUUAAGAUUGGUAAAUAUUAGCAAUCAAUCACUCCCGUUCAUUGACGCUCCUUUAUCAUGUGACGGAGCUAACUAGCGUGCAAAAUGUAAAGCGCUGAAGAGAGAAAAUGAAAAGAAUACAGAGAUAUUUAUUUUGUAAGACAAAGUAACUGUGGAUCCACCAGUGAAAAGGGAAUGGCUGAAAGACUUUGUGUGGCUCCGCUAUGGAAAUGGCACAAUGCAAUGCAUUCACUGUAGCGUGUGGGACAGAGGUUGCAGGUAAUGCUGCGCUCGCCACUGAAUCCACACAUUUUAAGCGCGAGAGUGUGGCAAAGAAUUCAGGAUCAGGUUUGAUUGUUGAAGCUUUUAAUCUGCUCAAUUGGCAGAGAGCUGAAUGUGAAACUUAAAUUUAAAGAAAUCUGUUAAUAUACCAUUUUGCUGGUAUUUUUUUUAUUUUUUUUAAGUUGGGAGCACCAGUGCAAUGAGCACUGAGGGACAUUGCUGAGACACAAGAGAUGAACAGAGAAAUGGAGAGAUGAUGAUUAUCUAUAUCAAUGCAGAUCAUGUAUGGAUAAACUGGUGUGAAGAACAGGGAAAAAAAAAAAAAAAAAAAAAAGAGCAGAUGCGCCAACCUACACAUACCUACAGUAAACAUGAAUGACAUUCAGCAUUAGCAAGUAAAUGUCUGAAACCUUGAAGGUUUAUUUCUUUCAAAUGUUUCACCCUAAACAAAAUAAAUAUAUAUAUUUUUUUAAAUAUGUUAUAAUGUUAUAAAUAUCAUGAGAUGAAGACUCCAUAUCAGUAGCUUAAUGUACAGUAGCUUCCUUAAGCACAAAAGGUCUGGGCAACAUGUAUAGUCAUUGUAUCAACACAGAAUGGGAAAAACAUUUUUUUUUUGUUUUUUUUUCUUGAACUUUCUUCUAUCAUUUAUUAACAUGUAAAGGAAUAUGAAAAUACAGAGAAAGAAAAUUAAAAUCAUUUACAUUUCAUAGAUUUGCUGUAGUCAGUCAUGUGUUCCCAACUGAAUAAAGGCAGCAAAAUUCAUUCUCAAAGUCAAAAUGAAUGCAAGCAAGAAAACCAUUGAUUGAAACAGAGUGCGCUGAAAAACGCUUGUAUAAAAUACUCAGUGCAACUAGUGCCAACUAAUGUGUUUGUUAUAGACUGACUGAAACUGUAGUGAAGGAGUACAUUCAUAUAACCUUUCAUAAUGAACAAGAUAUCACAUGUUCUUGACCACAGUGAUGCCUUCAAAAACCAAAAGCUAAAAAGAAGAAGUGUAGAGUGGAGCAGUUUACUUGAAGAAACAACUUCUAAUAAUCUGACAUUUAACUCCAGCAGACUGAAUAUGUCAUCUUAUGGCAAAAUGAACAUUCCUGGGAAACACUGGAUGGACAGAGAAGAUGAAAAAGAGAUGAAUAUCUAUGCUAAUGUUGAUCCUAUAAACAGUUUUGAUGUCAGGAUAGAAACAGAAAACACCAAGAGACACCAAACUCCUCAACACACAGAAAUGGCUAGUGUGAGGAUCAAAAGCUCCAGAUCAGCUCUAGUGUGUUUGGUGCUGCUGUGUGUUCUUCUGCUGACUGCAGUCAUAGUGCUGGGUAUCCACAUCCAUACAAAGAGCACAAACUACAUUGAAGAGAGAGACCAGCUACUAAACAAGAUUACUAACCUCACAGAAGAAAGAGAUGGGCUAAUAAUGAAGAACAAAAACCUGAAUGAGACAGACCAGCUAAGAAAUGAACUUCAGAUUUAUGCUGGAUGGGCUCGCUAUCAAUCCAGUCUUUACUACAUAUCCAAUGAGAUGAAGAGCUGGACUGAGAGCAGAAGAUACUGUACAGAGAGAGGAGCAGAUCUGAUCAUCAUAAACAACAGAGAAGAACAAGAUUUUGUUAAGAACAUAUCUGGUGCUGCUGUGGUCUAUAUUGGUCUGACUGACAGUGAUGUGGAGAACACAUGGAAAUGGGUUGAUGGCAGCAACAUGACCUCUGGGUUCUGGGCGCCUAGAGAGCCUAAUGGAGAUACAAGAGAGAACUGUGUUGUGACUGUGGCUGUGCCUAAAUUGCCAGAGUGGCCUGGUUUAGUAGGGUGGAUUGAUGUUGCAUGUAAUAUAGCUUAUCAAUGGAUCUGUGAGAAGAAUAUUUCACAUCUCAUAAUUCUUUACUACAUAUCCAAUAAGACAAAGAGUUGGGCUGAGAGCAGAAGAUACUGUACAGAGAGAGGAGCAGAUCUGAUCAUCAUAAACAACAAAGAGGAACAAUCAUCUGCACAGGAUUUAGUUAAGAACAUGUCUGUUGCUGCUGUAGUCUGGAUUGGUCUGACUGACAGUGAUGUGGAGAACACAUGGAAAUGGGUUGAUGGCAGCACUCUGACCUCUGGGUGAGAAAUCAUUUAACUGAACUGAUUAAUAUCUAAUAAAUGAUUCUCAUAGUCAGUAUCAUAUCACGCAGAAAGCAGCACUGAACAUCUAAUGCUUAUUAGAGCCCGACCGAUAUAUCGGCCGGCCGAUAUUAUCGGCCGAUAUGAGCUAAUUGCAUUUAAAUCGGCAUCGGCGUUUAUAACGGCCGAUGAAACAUGAGAAACAGAGUCUCAUGCUUCACUCAUGUUAUGAGUGUUGCAUAGUUUGCCCACCAGAGGGAGCUCUGCAACUCCCCAGUUGACAACAGCGCCAGAAAUCCACUACAGAAAAAAGCUAUCAGCCGAGCCACGGAGAUGUACUCUUUUGACAGUGAGUCUGUCGUUCGUCAUGUGAAAUGAUUGUAGAUUUAGUUCAUACACUGUAUAUAAAAACAGUGUGGUAGUUCUAGCUAACGGUCCUAUCAUUAUCACUUCUAAAUAUUCUGUAACAUCACUUACAGCCGCUAAUGCAUUGCUAUAUUAGAUUAGCCACAAAGCUAAUAACGUUACCAUGUUUAUCAGUGGAAGAGCGCGAACGUUAAUAAGAGGUCAAACUAUAACGUUAGUGUUUAACUUAUUCUAAAUAUAUCUGCAGUGUUUGUUGUAUAUAUAUUGAGAACAUUCUACAUUGUUUAAAUUAUAUUUUGGUAUUAUUUAUUUAUUUUAUAUUUUAUAUUUAUUUAUUUUAUAUGU